AUGGAUGCUUCUCGUACCAACGUACCGUCUCAGGGGACCCUGUCCCCGAUAUUCGGGUGGGUGUACAGCAAAUACGAUGCUACUGUUACAGGGUAG